AUGUCCUUUAAAUUUAAUGAGGAUGUAUUUAGGGAUAAUUCCUUUAAUGAAAAGAUAAAAGAAAAAUUAACUUCUGCUCUUAAUAAAGGUUUCCAUUCAGAUUCUAAUACUAAUUCAAAUUCUAAUCCAAAUUCAAAUAAAAUAGAUUUAAAUCAAUACGAUUUUAAUGAUACAAAUAAACAUACAGAAAAAGCUGACAUCUUAAAGAGUAAAAUUAUUGUGAAGAGUACAGAUUUCCCAACUAUACCGAAAUUUGAAAUAUUAGAUCUAGAUAUUAAUACACAACCAAGAUCUCUAGUGAAAGGAAUAUGUAAAAUAAUAGUUAAAGAUGCUAUGGUCCAAUUACAAACGGUAAUCGAAUCUAAUUUAUUGCUGGUCAAUAUGAAGAAUUCACCAAUGUUUAUUAAACCAAAAUUAAUCGAAAACAAUUCUUUAGAGAUUCCAAUUGUUAUGACUUUUAGUCAAAUUUCUUUAGAGGCAAUAAGUAAUAUCUUUGUGAAAAAUAAUAGUCUAAGUAUUUCGUUCAAUGAUGUGAAUUUAGAUUUUAAUUUCGAUUGUUCAAUUAAAAUUUUACAAAAUACUAUAGAGAGAAGAUUAAAAGAUUCAAUGCAUUUAUUGUUUAAGGAUGUAUUACCUACUGUAUUGUUUAAUAUGUCUCAAAGUUGGUUUACAAAUAAUCAUAAUAAUAGUACAUCAAAUAAUGUUAACCAUAUCCCUCCACAAUUAUCAUCAUCUACUACUUCAAGUGGGACAAUUUUAGAUAAAUCAAAUGUAAAGAAAAAUGGAAAAUCUUCUUUACCAAAGACUGUAUUUGAUGAAGUGGAUUUGCAAGAAUUAUCACCAAAAAAUAUGGUUAGAUUAUCCACUAUUGUAUCAUCAAGACAUACUUUAUCAUUACAUGGUACUAGUGGAUUACAUUCGAUGGCAAGUAUUCCAGGUUGUUUGGAGAAACAAAACUUGUAUAGAUUUAUCUCGAGAAUGCCAUCUUUAUCUAAUUAUUAUUCGGCAUAUCGUACAGGAGUAACAUCAGACAACAACAAUGUUAACAAUGCUAAUAAUCAAAUGAAUUGUAUCGAUUCCCAGCAUUAUUCUCAUGAUAAUAAUUUUCUUCCUGAAAGAGUAUUAAGAGAGAAAAAAUAUGAUUUAAAUCAAAUUAUUGAUAUUCAAAAUAAAUUAUACGAAAGAAGUGCAGCUGAUGAAAAUGAAAAACCUAAGAGAAGAACAAUUAAACUAAACAGAAAACAUAAGAAGAGACAAGAAAAUAUUGAAUCUGUAAGACAAUCAACACCGACUUUUGAAAAGUUCAAUUUACCAAAAUUGACUGAUGAAUCAAAGAAGUCAACAGUUACUGUGAAUAACAAUAAAAUUGAUGAUGAAGUACCAUCCCCAAGGACAAACGUUCCACCUCAUAUGAUUUUCAAUGAAAAUAUUGAAUAUUUUACUGAAAAGGAUCAUUCAUUACUAUUUGAUACCCCUUUGCACACUAACGAAAUUACAGACCCUGAAAAGUUACCUAAUGACAUUAUACGCAGUAUAGACAUUAAAGACAUCAAAAUCAAUCCAAAAAAAAGGAUCAAUUCUCUUGGUUCAGGUUCAAAGAGAAUAUCGUUUGUCGGAAUUAAUAACCUUUAUAAUAAUAAUGGUUGGAAAUGGGGUAACGAAGAUAAUACCACAGUUUUACCUCCACCUCCAUACAGAUUAUAA